UUGCUUCUUUGGUUAAAAAGCUGGUUAGCUGGCUCGAUACCUGCUGAUUUUCCAGCAUCACUUUUGGUAUUCCUUAACAGAUUAGAGAACUGAAUACGAGGGGGAAAUUCACCAGGCUAUCUACCCCACUGCUGUACUUUACAUAGCAAACGUACGUAAAAGCUUCUGCCAUUUCAACUACCAAAACCCUUUUUCAGUUUCCAUAAAUCUCCUAUUUUAGCGUGUGAUGGGUUUUCAGUCUGGUGGUUGGCCCCCUGCCUUGUAUACUCCAUUAGAUGAAAUCAUUCGAGUGGUUGGAAUUUAAAACAUCAUUGCCUUCAUUUCUCAACUGAAGCUAUACCACUCUAAAUUUCAUUUCACCUUCUGUCUCUUCCUAUUACAAGUUGUAUUUGGAAACCAUGAGCAAAUCUCCAGUACAUCCGAAACAUGAGACAAGUGAUUAUGCUUGCUAUGAAUUUGAUCCUCAGGUGAACUUUUCACAGUUUCUAGAAGAAGCUAGACAACAUGCAAGAGACAUAAACUUCCAGCGGUCAUCUUCAUGUUCAGAGGAAGUGGGAAAGAAAAGAUUUGGAGGAGAGAAAAAGAGCAAGAAAUCAUGGAAGAAUUCUCUCUUCUCAUGGUGGAAAAUUGACAGAAAGAGCAAGCCUAGUCCGGAUCCAGUCGAUGGUCUUCAUAUUUCCAAGCCAACUAAAGGCUAUGGUUCUGGCCCAUUAUGCGGAACUGCCAGGGGAGUCGACACACGGCGCCGGCGUCCAUCAUCAGGGCCAGUCUCCAUCCUUUUCCACUCCACGAGGAAAGUAGAGAAUGAGGUACCUUAUAUGUGCCUUGACCAGCCUAACGACCCUUAUCAAAUCAACGCCUAUGGACCUGUCUAUUUGGUGACAUAGUGGCAAAUACGGGGAAUUUAUGACAGAAACCAUAGCGUAUUAUAGUUAAUGAGGUAGUAAUUAGAUAUCAAUAAUCUGAAUCUUAGUUCUCAUAGGUAUAUGGUGGGACAUUUGACAGAAGAGGCUUGUAACUAGACACAGCGCUAUUAGUUAAUUCGAGUGAUAAGAGAUUUAAGUCGUAAAAGUGAUGCAUGUACUCAUUGAACUUGGAUUUUCAUUUCUGGCUUCCUUACUCCAUUGUAUUUUAAUCCCCUUCUCAUGUUUGUCUUUCUUAAAGUCUCAAUGAUGGUUA